AUGUCUGCGGCGGCGUGUUCGUGGGGUCACACGGAGUGGACGCCGUACGAGGUCCUCAACGUACCGCCGUCGGCCCCCAUCAAUGACAUUCGUGCUGCUUUCAAGCGCAUGGCGUUGCACACGCACCCUGACAAGGCAACGGUGACGACGUCAGAUAAAAGGACGAGCGACGGCGGGACGACGUCGUGCUCAGAAUUUGCAGUUUCCUUUCACAUUGUGAAGGAGGCGUCGGAGAUUUUGCUUGACCCGUACCUGCGCGCCGCCUACGAUGCCGCCCGCUCCCAGGCGUUGGCGCGCGAGGUUGGCGCUGUCAGUGAUACCUACGCUCUGAUGGACGACUUUGUUCGUGUAAUGAUGGACGGUGACGAAGGUGAUGGGCAGCGCGUGCAUGUGUACCAGCGUGAGUGUCGCUGCGGCGGCGUCUAUGAGGUGGCUCUGUUUCCUGAGGCACCGGCAGGGAGUGGCAAGGACGAGGAUGUGCCGCGGACGUACUUGGCCCAUACGCUAAGGUGCGAGUGCGAUUCGUGCUCACUUGUGGUGGAGGUGGUGGCGUAG